AGCUGCAGCAACCCACAGAGCAACAUGCGUCUGUCUUCUAUUUCGCUCUGUAGCCUCCUUCUCAUUUUAAAGCUGCAGCUGACUAGUACAUAUCCCAUCAGCACUGGCUUGACUGACACUGACAUGGACAUCUUGAAGGUGCUCCUAAGCAGACUGGAAGAGUCUGUUUCAGACCAAACGGCAGUGGACCAAAGUGCCCCUGGACAGAGAGAUCUUCUAGACAGCCUUAGCAGAGAGGACACAGGAGAUGGACAUCAGCCAGACACCGGACUAGAUGAAGCUGAAAUCCGGGAGUUUCUUUCAGCCAAGAACCUCAAGAGUGUCCGCAAUGAUUCAUCUAGGAGAUCCUCUGGUUGUUUUGGGCGACGGAUGGACAGAAUAGGCUCCAUGAGCUCUCUGGGGUGCAACACUGUGGGAAGAUACAAUCCAAAGCAAAGAUGA